CUCAUCAUUAAGCAAAUAGAAGAAAGUUUUGGUAUAAAAUGAGGAACGAAUUGGUAGCAAAUUCAUUCACUAAUCUUCCUCUGAAAUUAAACAAGUUUUCAAGCCAACUCUACCCGGGUAUCAAGCAAGAUGAAGUGGAUGGUUAUUGUCACGGUUUUGGCACUCUGCGUUUUGCACGUUUGUUCUGCUACUGAAGUUGAGGUAGAGGUCGCAAAACGGCAGUUUAACAAUAACAAUAACAAUGGUGGAUUUAGAGGCGCUUCCUUUAAUAAUAACAACAACAAUGCGGGAGGCCGAGUAGCGAGACAGUUCAACAAUGGUGGUGGUGGAUCCUGGCGCAACAAUAAUAACAACAAUAAUCGCAAUCCUUUAAAUGAAAUCUUUUAGAUUAGCAAAAUCUAUCAUUUUGAAAUAAUAUGUGUGUUCAAUUAUAAUUUGUAAAUUGUUGAUCAAUACAUUCUGACAUUUCAAAACAACAAAUCUUAUCCCCAGAAUAAAUUUA